AUGAUCGGCCUUGGCGCCAUGGGCCAGGGCAUGGCUAGCUCCAUGAUUCGAGGCGGCUUUGCCGUGCAUGGUUACGAUGUAUACGAGCCUGCGAUUCAGAAGUUUGUUUCCGGCGGUGGCAAGGCAUCCGCAGCGACUUCGCCCGCCGAUGCCGCCAGGGGCGCUGAGGUCUUGGUUCUCAUGGUACAGAAUGCCACGCAGGCUACAGAUGCCUUGUUCGGCUCUGGCGACGCUGCCGCCGCCCUGCCCGACGAUGCGAUUGUCAUACUCAGCUCAACUGUGCCCCCAUCGUUUGUUCGAUCUCUCGAGAAACGCCUGGCUGGGCUGGGACGCGGCAUCACCCUCCUCGAUGCGCCCGUCAGCGGAGGUGUCGUGCGCGCCGCCAACGGCAACCUCACCAUCAUCUGCUCCGGCGAGGAGUCCACCAUCUCCAAGGCCAAUGGCGUCCUCCUCUCCAUGACCGGCCUUGCUACCAAUCUGUGCCAGGUCAAGGGUGGUGUUGGUGCCGCCUCCUCGGUCAAGCUUAUCAAUCAACUCCUCGCUGGUGUACACAUUGCUGCCGCCGCCGAAGCCAUGGCAUUCGCCGCACGACUUGGUCUUGAUACACGUCAGAUCUUCGAGUUGCUGAAAAACGCGGCUGCGUGGAGCUGGAUGUUUGAGAACAGAGUGCCGCAGAUGCUCGAGGCGGACUGGACGCCGCACUCUGCUCUCGCCAUCUUCGUCAAGGAUCUCGGCAUUGUGCUUGAUGAGACGAAACGAUUGAUGUACUUUGCGCCCAUGUCAUCGGCUGCCCACACACUCUAUCUCGCAGGAGCUGCCAAGGGUUGGUCGAAGGAGGCUGAUGCAGGCGUCGUUCGGUGGUGGGAAGGCGCCGGUGUGUCUGUCUCAGGCAGUGCUGGGAGGCCCGAACCACACACCACCAACGAGGCCCUACGGGCAGCGGCCCAGCCCUUGCCCGCCAAGGAGACGAUCGAGGCUCUGCCUGCCGAAUUUCCGUAUGAUGUCCUGGAAUCGACGAAGAAACCCUGCAGAGCCAGUUCGAGAGGGAGUCGCGAGGCUUCUUCAUCUUGA